AUGGUGGACGAUGGCAAGAUCGAUCCUUCUUCCCCUUUCUAUCUUGGCGUAGGAGAUCAACCCGACAACUUGAUUACUCACGUGCUCUUGAAGGGUGAGAAUUAUUUAGCAUGUUCUAGGGCAAUUACUUUGUCCUUGAAAUCUAGGAGGAAAUUCGGAUUUGUUGAUGGAACCAUCUCCAAAUCGGCUGACAAGAACAAAUUGUUGGAUUGGGAAACUGUUAACUUUAUGUUGGUGUCAUGGAUUCUGCGAGCUAUCGACUUUAAACUUGCGGCUUCAAUCCCUUACUUUGAGGAGGCGAUGAAAUUGUGGGAUUACUUGGAGCAGUGGUUUUGUGUGGCUAGCGGACCUCGUUUACAAAAAUUGAGGGCUUCAAUUACAGGCUGCAAACAAUUGAAAAACAUGUCUGCUGAAGACUAUUAUACUACUUUGAUGGGGUAUUUUGAUGAUCUUCUUCGUCUCAAACCCCCUCAUGGAUGUGAAUGUGGCCAUUGCACGUGUAAUGUUGCUGCAAAGUAUGAAUUGGAUAGAGAAGAAGAUAAAUUGCAUCAGUUCUUGAUUGGUAUUGAUGAUGACAAGUAUGUUGUGGUGCGCACGAACCUUCUCUCGCAGCAACCCCCUACUACUCUUGACCGUGCGUACCAGGCUUUCUUUCAAGAGGAACGUUCUCGUGGCAUUACUCAAGGGCAUGCUCAAUUAGAGAAGGUUGAGGCUCAUGUUUUUGCUUUAUCCUCGGAUCGAAGGCCUUCUCAAUCUACCACUCGUGUUGGUGGCUAUAUUGAUAAAUCAAAGUUAUAUUUCUCCCAUUUCAAACGCUUUGGCCACGAUAAUUCAGGCUGUUUCAUACUCCAUGGUUACCCCCCUGGGUGGCUCGAGAAGUAUGGUAAGAAAGGGGGGGCAUCAUCCUCGGGGCAGCAGGAUGCUCCAUCAGUGCCCAACAGGUCUGCUGCUGCCUCUUCUUCGCCUGCUACUGCUGUUACGGCUGUGUCUGAUCACAGCAAGCCCACAGCUCGUGCUAAUGUCGUGGGCGUCUUUCUUGCUGCUGCUACUUCUCUGCCUUUGCAGGAAACUCUCUCGGCUUUAUCGGAGCUUCAACCCGAGCAUGUCCGUCUUCUUUUGACUAUGGUUAAUAAUCGUCAAUACGACAAGAUGACGGGUGAGUAUUUUUCGUUAUCAUGGAUCAUCAACACCGGCGUCUCACAUCAUGUUACUGGUGACGAAUCAUGUUUCAUGGAUGUCCAAUUCAUUUCUCCUUGCCCUGUCGGUCUUCCGGAUGGUGUUAAGCCAUUGCUACGUAGGAAGGGACCAACACUCGGGGAGCCGAUUGGAGGCAAUGAAUGGAUAGAUGGACUCUACUAUUUUCGGCGAAUUCCUAAAGUAUGUGCGGUGACAAAUCCGAAGGUAUCUGCAUUCGAGUUAUGGCAUCGGCGUAUGGCUAAACAAACACGAGAUAGUUUUCCUAGUAGUGAUAGUAGGGCUAGUCGUAUUUUUGAAAUGAUACAUUGUGAUUUAUGGGGGUCGUAUAAGACGUCUUCUACUUGUGGUGCUCAUUACUUCUUGACUAUUGUUGAUGAUUUUUCGAGAGUUGUUUGGGUUUAUUUAUUGAAUAACAAAACAAAAGUUUAUUUUUCCUUCUGUUUUUUCUUUGCUAUGGUUAAAUGUCAAUUUGAUGCUCAUGUAAAAUGUGUACGGAGUAAUGAUGGUAGGGAGUUCAAACAUAUGCUUCCGUAUUUUAAUGAAAAUGGCAUUCUUUUCCAAACCUCUUGUGUUAGCACACCACAACAAAAUGGACGGGUUGAGCGUAAGCAUCAAAAUAUUUUAAAUGUGAGUCGGGCAUUGAUGUUUCAAGGCAAUUUGCCAAUUGAUUUUUGGGGUGAAUGUGUCCUUGGUGCGGUGUAUUUGAUUAAUCACACUCCCUCUCAUUUACUAGCCAAUAAAACUCCAUAUGAAAUUCGUUUUAGCAAAGAACCUAAUUUUGGUGAAUUGCGUGUUUUUGGGUGUCUUUGUUUUGCUCAUAACCAAAAAGAAAAGGGCGACAAAUUCGCCUCUAGAAGUAGGAAGUGCGUGUAUGUGGGUUACCCUCAUGGCAAGAAGGGUUGGAAGGUGUAUGAUUUAGAGACCGGUGAUAUAUUUGUCUCACGUGAUGUUAAAUUCUAUGAAAAUGAAUUUCCAUAUGUGCAUAAAAGUGAUUCAACUUCUGCUAAUGUGAGUACCGAAGGCAUGACAAACAACAAUGUUGGGGUGGAUCAUGAUUUUCUAGAUGACUUAGAGCAUAUUUUAGAGGUGAGUGAGGACUGUCUUAUGCCUGAAAAUCCGCCCAGCCCUCCUAUCCAUGCUGCGGAUCUCACGGCUAUUGCUGCUCCUCAAGGCCGCCUACACCGCAGCCUACCUGCGGCUACUGCAACUCCUCAAGGCAACAUACACCGCAGCCCACCUGCGGUUGCUGCCCUUUCCCACAGCCCUCCUGCGGCGUUGUAG